AAAAAUACGUUGUUCCCCUCCGGCACUAAGCCUCUGAUCGAAGCUUAUGAGGCUUCCUUGACAAGCGCUAUCGGUCCCGUCAUGCUCCUGCAGCUCGCCCAAAGUUGUGGUGUUCUUAACCCCUCCAGUGAGAAGUACUUCAGGGAAACAAGGGAGUCAAAAUUCGGAAUAAAGAUCGAGGAGUUCUCGCCUGUUGGAGCCAAGCGUGAUGCCGACUUGGCAAAAGGGAAGGAGGGCUUGUCCACUGUUCAUGGGUGGCUGUCGAAGAACGGAGGAGGAAAGUAUAUCUUGGGAAGCACGGUAUCGUAUGCGGAUGGUAUCACAGGGGGAUGGAUUAACUGGAUCAGAAUCACCCAAGGGCCCGACAGCGCAGUGUGGAAAAGCUUGGCGAGUCACAAUGGAGGAUUUUGGGGGAAAUAUUUGAGUGACUUGGACACAUAUGCAUCUGUACAGUGAAACGUCAACAUAGAUAUUGUACUAUAGCGUGUAGAAAGGUGAUAUUUAAUAUCAUGGGUCUCGUCAAAAGAU